AUGUACGGCGCCUCGCAGGUCCUCGCGCUCAGCGUGUCCGUCGUACUCUGUGCACUCGCCGUGCUCUACUCCGACUUCUUCUCAACACUCGUGCUGCCCACGCGUCCGUCGUCGCAUCUCAGCGUAGCUGAGCAGCACCAGCUCUUGGCCUCACUCGUUUUCUAUUCGUCGAAAUCCCCCUCCUAUUGGACCAAUCCACAGCCACGAACUCCCCAACCCCUAACCACAACAAUCUCCACCCCGCCUCCCCGUAUCGCCUUUUGCUGCAGCGCUGACCUCGACGUCUCCGUUCCAGCUGUCGCCCUCAUGCACCAAGUCGAACUCCAGCAACACCAGCAGCAGCAUCAGACACAGCACGCGACCACGUCUCUGGCCUUACCGGUGCGCCAUCACGAGCGCAUCGACUCGCUCCAGGAGCUCCAAGAGAGUUUCGUCUACUACUUUUCCUCAGGAGCUGCUGCUGAGCAGAGGAUGAACUCGUCCGCUGCGUUCCACGAGAUUGUGGCACUAGCUAAUGCCCUGCCAGACGUCCAGCGGAAAGUGGGCGGCAAUGCCGCGACUAUGGCUGCUCGAGCCUCGGCUGAAGGGUGCACUGUGCUCUUGGGCGCGGCAAUGGGCGUCCAUAUGAAGCAGUACUUUGACGAUUCGACGAUCCAACUUGUAGGGACCAUUGAGGGAGAGGGGAAAGAGGACGUGCACUUGGUGCUCGAGUACGGACGUGGUGACGCCUUUCGAGGUCAUGUGUCACCACGGGCGAAUCGCUAUUUUAAACCAUGA